GCUGUGCCACCGGUAUUACCAAGAUAUCGAGCACGGUAGCGUUUGAGUCCGGCAGGUGAUCCCGAUAGCCAUUGCCUAUCACUUCUGGUGUGGUUGGAUGCCUCCUUAACUACUUUGACCAGGUACUUGUUGGGCGAUUGCCUCGCUACCUAUCUUUUCAAGUGUAAUUAAGACUUCUAUACGAACAGGUAUUUAAGCGGUUUGAACACUCAUACGCCCCUCUAAAGUUGCAAACUCAGCAUUUUGGCAGCGAGCAAUCUUCGUCAUAUUUCUGUACAGGAGACAAGCUUCACCACAGCAAGACGGUUGUUCAGUAUCUUCGUGUUUCCUUUAGCGUUGGCACCGCCUGAGCAUAACAAAUUCCCAGCUCCCAAAAAUAUAUGUAAAAUAAGAUCCAGAUCAAUGCCAAUACAUGGUCUUACCGAACACUGUUAGACAAGGUCUUAUCUCCAGUGAAGCUCGGGGUUCCUGACAUGUUGUGUAUUCGAGACUCGAUCGAGAUUGGUCUCCUCUCAAACCCAGGCUUCAGAUGACAUGAUGUCUCUAUCAAACACAGCCAUCCUCCAGCUGCCCCUCCAUUGUCUUCUCUUAAUGGUUCUAUCAGAAGAAGCAUUUACACGCAUUUUACCUUCAUCCCCCAAGAUGACAUGCCAUUUCAUACACCCUUGGCCUUCGCAAAUCCUUCUAUUGUAUAAGAUUUGAUGGCGAACCAUGAAAAUAACCAGCCACCGCCUCUUGCUUCAACAAUACUGCAAGGCCUCCAGGCUCAAUCCUCUUGCCAGGAUGACUUCAACCUCACAAUUGUUCGCCGCCCCGACCGCCGUUUUGCUCUCGUACUCGGGUCGACGACUCAAUUACGUGCUUGACGCAGCCAUCCGGAUCCAUCUGUUUCAACAAACAGAACAACCCCUCAAUCCGUUCAAACUCUGUCGAUCGGAGAUGUCUCACAGGGCAAAAUGAUUGGAAGAGGGAAGCGUCCGAGGAGGAAAAAGCAAUCGGGAUGGAGCCGACGGUGCCGGAGGCGUUCGGUACACCAAUUGACCCCUCCAAAACCCGCCAGGCUGGGAAGGCGAUGUCCCCAAACCGAACGCGCUAUUGCGGUCCAAAACGCCCUGUCAACCCAGUCGGCCGGCACGCGUGCACAGGGCAGGUGCUGCCCCCCAGCCAGUGUUGUGCAACUGAACUUGUUGAAUGGUGGAAGUGAGACCCAGCUUGUGAUGUUUUCUUUUUCUGUGGGUUGAACUCAGGUUCAGUUCGCUCCUCCGCCGUUGUCCUGCACAUUUGUUGCUCCUUGCUCCCCUCCUCGUCGCUUUUUCCAUGCGAAGCUUCCAGGUUGACGUGAAGGUUGCCUCGCCAGGCCAAUUUUUGUUGUUUUGCUUGCUGCACACGCCCAGUGCCGACUGACCACCAGUCCGCCGCGUUUGGACCCGCCUGGCUCGAGUCCUUCGUCCCCCUCAACUCGACGUGACCCGCUUCCCAACCUGCGCGCGUUCGCUUUCGCCCGACGCGAUCCCGUGAGGAUUUGGCAAUCAACUGCCACUCUCCGUCCGUGGGCGACGUGUUUCUUCGCUUCCUUGUCGAAUGCGCCGGAGAAAAAAAGGGCGUAUCUCACUUUUGCUAUAACCACCGCGAUCGCUUUUCAUUGCUCUUCAUCAAAAGGCUGCCGCCACCAACGCCGCGCCGUUGCGGAGCUCCGACCUUUGAGACAACUGUAGAGCGCAAGUGGCAGGGCAUAAAUAUAUCCAUACCUUUUCUUUGCGAUGGACUCUUUUGGGGAGGAUUCGCAGCCGACUCAAGCGACGCAAAACGUCGUGGAUCCGAGACGGCUGGGACAGCAGAACUCGGGCUUCUCAGAUACAGACAUCGCCGACAUAAUAUGUCUUCUUGUUCCGCAGUCGGAUGCUGCACGCCGAGAAAUCAGAAGAAUCAGACUCCGAACACUAGAGCACACGGUUGGGAGGGAUGAGGCGCUCAACUUGGAUGUGGAAGAGGAUGGGGAGGAUGUAAUUGGGGGCCAGGGCUUUCCGGGACAUGGUGUAGGGGAGUAUCACAUUGCGCUGAGGUUUUCCACCGAGAUUAAGAGUGUUGUAAAUGGCUUCACAUUUGGACGAAACGAAAGUCGUUGCGACAUUGUUUUCGAAGACGACCCGAUGCGACGGCUGAGCAACACCCACUUCCGCAUCUACCUCAACGACCACGGGGUUUUGAUGAUUGAGGACAUGUCGACAAACGGCACCGUUGUUGAUGAGCAGCUCUUACGACGAAAGGGCGAGCCACCGCUCGAUGUGAAGAGGACACUAAGGAGCGGUUCGAAUAUUAAGAUUUUGAUGCAUGAGGAGGCAAGAGACCUCAAGUUCAGGGUCUGGAUACCAAUCCGGCAGGGCUACUCAAAUGAAGCCUACAAGCAAAACCUACGAACAUACAUUUCAAAUCGAGCAGCACUCACGGUAGAUGUGAACGCAACCAUCGUGCCCGGCCCUGGUGGGCGUGUUGACAUAUUCAAGCCCGCGGCACCCAGAGCAGCUCCUGCGCAAAGGCAAACGCCCAAUAACCCGGUAGCUGUUCGUCGGGCACAGCCAGGUCCUUCAGAUCAACAAAAUACCGAUGAUAUCUUUGAUGGUCUUCCAAAGGCGUGGGGUGGGUCGCAAAAGUACAACCGUGUGGGCGAGGUGGGCAGAGGCGCCUUCGCUACCGUCUACAAGGUGACCUCGAGGUUCAGCGGUGAACCUUAUGCGGCCAAAGAACUCGACAAGCGGAAGUUCAUGAAGAACGGCGUCUUGGACCAGAAGGUUGAGAACGAAAUGCGCAUCAUGCAAAAAGUCAAACAUCCAAACAUUGUCGAAUACGUCGAGCAUCUCGACUGGGAUAACCGGCUGUUGAUCAUUAUUAUGGAAUAUGUCGGCAAAGGAGAUCUCGGGAGGUUGAUCUCGGAGUAUGGGCCUCUCACCGAGGACACCACGAGGACCAUGGCAACCCAGCUGCUGGAUGCCUUGGAUUAUCUUCACAAGAUGAACAUCACCCACCGUGAUGUGAAGCCGGACAACAUUCUAGUGAGCUCACAUGAUCCAUUUGUGGUCAAGCUCACGGAUUUUGGGCUUUCCAAGAUGAUUGAUCACGACCAGACGUUUCUCAGGACCUUUUGUGGUACCCUCCUGUAUUGCGCCCCUGAAGUAUACUCGGAAUAUACCGAAUACGAUAGCAGAGGCAGACGGCAUCCCCGAAAUCGACGUCUCCACCCACAAACUGGUCAGAGAUACGAUCACGCGGUUGACAUUUGGUCCUUGGGAGGCGUUCUUUUCUACACAAUGACGAAAUCACCCCCCUUUCCGGCUCAAAGCGGAGCUAGUCACUCGGCGCUCCUUCAUCAGAUCAUGACCAAACCCCUCAACAUAGCACCCCUUCAACAAGCCCAAAUCUCAGAAGAGGGUAUCAAGUUCAUCCAGGGCAUGCUCGACCGUAAACCAGAGAACCGAGCAACGAUUGAAGCGCUCCAGCAGCACCCCUGGAUUCAGCCGCCUCCACCACCGCAGGUCGAUGAAGUAUCCGACCAGGAGCUCAGCUUCAAUGCUUCACAGCUCAGCAUCCAGGAUCAAGACUUGCAGAUGCCGUUUGAGGACCAUCUGAUUCCAGCCAGCGACGAUGAAGAUCUCCCUGAUCAGGAGCCAGUUCCAACCGGCGGAUACGAGUCCGAGAAGGAGAACUACACAUUUGGAGCCGGUAACCAGCCACAGCCUCAACCUCAACGUCUCUUUGGAGAAGUAAAUCCGUCAGCUAUAGGGAGUCAAGGCGCAGUGGCGGCCCAUCGUCUGAAUCUGCCCGUGUCCAAAGACAGCUUUGCGUCAAGCGCAUCGACGGAGAUUUUAGGAUCCGACAAUGAAAUCAAGGACAGCUUUGAGUCUGACCAACACUCCACACCGCGGCAGAAGAAGCAGUUCUCGCAAAUUCCCUCUGUCGGUCUGGAGGAAGGGUCCUUCUCGCUCAGCCAGAGCAGAUCCACGGAGGACCUCAACACCAAGACCUUUGAUGUGGCAUCACAGAGCUUGGGGGGCGCCGAGUCCAUCCUGGAGAAUCUUAAUAUGAAGUCACGCGUCGGCUCCCUCCUUGCCUCUCGUGGAAGUGAGGUGAACUCCAGCAAACGCAAGCAGGAUUCAUCCAGCGAAGAUGAGGCUCAGCGAGGGCCUGUAUCCGAUGGGCGCGGUCUGAAGAGGUUUCGAUCAGACCCUACAACGGUUCAAAAGCAACAGCAACAACAACAGCAGCAGCAGCAGCAGCAAGAAGUCGCCAUUCGCACGCUCGAUAGGAAGGACUUUGAUUUGAUGUCGCAAAUCCCAUCGAUUCCUAAGCAGUCGGUGCAGAUCGACAUUCCAGUCCACAAGGCUACAUACUGGCUGGCUAAUGACAGGAGCACCUGGCAUCUGACGUACCCCGAGAUGACACAGCUACAGUUCGACGCCUUCAAAACGGCAGCCAAAGCCAGAGGAGAAGACUUUGCUCCAGGCAAAACCCCUCUUUGGGACCUGGCAAUGAAGUACUUCCCACCCACCAAUCGGGAGCGGCCAGGCAAGAUCAGAAGGACCUUUGAAGAUUCCGGAGACCACACGAUGCCGUCUACUGCAAUCGACUCCCAGGCGAGUCAGCAUGUCGAGAUCCCAGACACCCAGGACGCGUAUACCACCAUGGCUAUGUACUCGGAGCGGAUGAAGCCAGUGAUUGCGUGUUUGAAGUCAACACCCAGUUCAGUGGUUCACUUCAUUCAGGUCCUGGUAACUGAGUGCAUGAUCUCCUGGGGCCGUUCAGUCGAUAAUACUCGCUCGUACGAGCCCAAAUCGGAGAGCAGAGUCCCAAAAUACGCAUUCAAGCUCCUCCUGUGGAAGAACAACUUUGAUGCGACCAUCAACAGGAACUGGCGGCCUUGGAACAAGCGCUACGAGCCUGACGAGGAGGAGUUCAUGUUUUACAUUUGCACCAAGGCGACCAACGGCAUCUGGAUCAACGGCGAGAAAUUGCGCUCUCACCUGAACGAGAACAAGAAAGCCGACGGCCCUUACAAGUACUGGGCUCCCCUCUACGACGGCGACCGCGUCUCCGUCUGGCAGACCAUCGACGGCAAUUCCAGAACUGAGCUCACCUUUCGUUGCGUCUGGGGAGGCAGCGCGAAACCUCGUCCCGGCUACGGUCCUCAAGCUAUCCCAACCAUGGUCGACACGGACACUGCCCGCCAACUGGAUCACCUCUGCGACAAGAUUGAGCGCAAGAUGCGCAGUCUGAACGAGCACGACCUCUGUAUGGAGGAGGCGGAGUAUGACAUGAACGAACGCCACAAGCACAUUGACCGGGAGAGGGAAAAGUCGAAGCAGUUUGAGAAGCUGAGGAGGCAGGCGGACAGGGGUGGGAGGAGGCCGAGCCCGAUGCCGGGGAUCACGUAUGGGAACGCGGAUUCCACGCCGGCGAUGUGGACUAGUCAGUUCAGAGGGGGGGUGCCUGUUUUUAGGAGGCCGAGUCCGACUGCUUCGGAUUUGUUGAGGGCUGCGAGGUAUUGAUUGUGGUUUUGGAGAGAAGAAAAAAACAUGAUACCCGGUGAAGGUGUUUUUUUUUUUUGGUACGAUUGUUGGAAGGUUUGUUGGAACUGUUUGGUGUGAGAGAAGGGAGGGGUGGGUUUUAUGCAUAUUAUUAUACAGCACACAGUCGUUACGGUAUAGCUUUGUUGGAAAGGGGUGUUUAAUAUCUGUUAUAGGGUUGGAUGAAUGUUUGGGCGCAAAAUUCAUACAUAUCUCGUAUUGUAUUGUCAUCUAUUUUUUGGGGGAGGGGGUUGUUAGUGAAUGGAUGGCUUGAUGGAUGUGUUGUUUCUGGGUGUUUGUUUUGUUGACUGGUACUGGAGAUCUAUAUUUUUAUGUUGGAAGGAUAUGAUGAUGAGCUUGGUUUGUGUGGUUUGGGGAUGUGGUGAUAGUGUCGAGAUGGUUCGAUAAGGAGGCUGGACUGGAAAGAGAUGUUUCAAAACAUGAAAAUACAAUACAGAUAUCAGACUAGGUGCUAUCUAGAUGGUUUCGGUCGUGUGUUUUUU